AGCCGUGUGUUGAUUUUCUGAAGCACGUUUCAGUGAAUCUGAAAGAAAAGUACCUUCCACUUUCAUACAUGAGCGACAAAGCAGAAAAAGGAUGAGGAAAAGGAAGAACUAAAAACAACUCGUAUACUACAAUAUUGAUACUCAGAAAUGGAUUUACAUGAAUGUCUUUAUGAGGAAUUCCUCUCUAACUCUGUAUAUAAGAAGGAGCUCAGACGUUAUUCUGGACACAUCAGAUCUGAGAUCUUCAAGCUCUACAGAUUUUUUCUGUCAUUGUGAAGAAACAUCUUGAAGAAUGAGAAGCCUGAUGUUCCUGCUGGUCCUGGUGAUCUUCUGCUCUCUACAGAUGACUUCAACCGCUCCACUUGCAGCUGAUGUGUCAGACUGCUGUAUGGAGUUCACUGAUGUGAAGAUUCCCGUGAAACAGGUGAAGUCUUACUACUGGACCAGCAGCAACUGUCCCAGACGAGCCGUUGUGUUUCAGAUGAUUUCAGGGAAAGAGUUCUGUGUAGAUCCAGAGACCACCUGGUUGAGCGGACAUGUUGCUAAAGUGGACAAGAGAACAAAAGUCUAAAAAAAGCUACACUGUUCAACUGUGCAUAUUGUAUAUUGUGCUGAUGUGUAUAUAAAAUUAGUUUAUUUACAGAAUAAUUUAUGUGAUUGGAUUUAGUUGUUUUAAUAAAAUAUAAAUUAUGA